CGAAGGAAUGUUGAAAAAGCUUAAAAUCAAUAUUGUGAGCGUUUGGGAAUGUGAAUAUGACAGUCGCAUUAAAAACGACGCUAAUUUUGCUACUGCUAUAAAGAACAUACGGAUUGUUGAACCGCUUGACCCGAGAAAAGCAUUGUUCGGAGGACGAGUAAAUGCCCUAGUGUUAGACUAUAAGGUCAAGCCUGGAGAGAAGAUAAUGUACUUGGAUGUUGUAUCCGAAUAUCCAUAUGUCAAUAAAAACAAGCGCUAUCCGGUUGGCAAGCAUAAAAGAAUUACUAAUAAUUUUAAAACCUUGGAUAACUAUUUCGGAAUUAUGCAUUGCAAAAUAUUACCGCCUCGCAACCUGAUGAUACCGAUAUUACCGGCGCAUUUCGAUAAACUGAUUUUCACGUUAUGCCGCACCUGCGCUGAAGAAAAGAAUCAGCAAGUUUGCACGCACGAGGAUCCGGAGCAAAGAGCUCUGACGGGGACUUGGUGCACACUAGAACUACAAGAAGCCGUGAAAAAUGGUUAUGAACUAAUGGAAAUUCACGAAGUAUGGCACUAUCCCGACAGCAGAGAGCGCUUUUUUGCUGAUUAUAUUGAUUUGUUCCUGGCGCUUAAAGUGCAAGCUUCUGGCUGGCCGGCUGAUAUUAAAACUCCAGAGCAGCAAGAUGCGUUUCUGGACCACUUUUUCCAAACGGAAGGCAUCCGGUUGGACGGUUCCAAAAUAAGCUGGAAUCCGGGACUGCGGCAGCUCGCUAAGUUGUGCCUGAACAGCUUUUGGGGCCGGCUGGGAAUGAGAAAUAACCUUCUCAGCACAGUUUUCGUGAACACUGUGAAGGAUUUUCUGCACUAUUUAACGUCUUCAGAAUUCGAAAUCCAUGAUUAUGACGUAUUUUCGGAUGACGUUGUACAAAUAAUGUACACGAGGAAGGAUGCUAUGGUUCCGACUAACCCGAAAACGAACGUGGUUCUAGCAGCGUUUACAACGGCACACGCAAGAUUACAUUUAUUGAAAUUCAUGCAAAGAGCUGGCGAGCGAUUACUAUACUUUGAUACGGACAGCAUUAUCUUUGUUCAGCGUCCAGGUGAUGAGCCGUUUGAAACCGGGUCCACUCUGGGGAUGUUAAGUAAUGAGCUGGCCGAGGACGACUUCAUUACGCGCUUCUGUAGUACUGGUCCAAAAUCUUACAGCUACGUUACGGCAUCUGGGCAGGAGGUCUGUAAAAUCAAAGGAUUUGAAAUUAAUAAACUUACAGGAACGGUGUUGAAUUUUGAUUCGAUGUUGAAAAUCGCAACCCAACCUCUCCAAGAUGAGACCGCCUCCGAUAGCGCUCAUGGUAACGUUCAGCCCGAGUCCCUUUCCGUCACAUAUGGUAGUACUAUUCGCCGGAAGAAACGGACAUAUGAAAUCCAAGAUGUGCCUAUGACAAAGCGGUUCAAAAAGACGUACGACAAACGACGCAUCUUAGAUGACUUUACUACUGUGCCAUACGGUUACGUACCAUAGCCCUUUGAUCAUGAACUUGAAUGUUGGCAUUGUGUCGUUAUUGAAAGUAAAGUCCAGGGUGGUGUUGGCUUCGUCGAUACUGGCGGCGGCUGAUGGCCGAUAGGGUAGAAAAGUGGUGACGGUUCCAAAAGUAAUGCCCGAUAAAAUCAGAACAAGUGCUAGCAGACUACCAAAAAAAGCAAUCGUAAUGACAACGCAUAUCGCUCGACGCCUUUCCUCAGCAGGGUCCAUGGUAAUGCAGGAUAUAUAAACGGACGCAAUUUAGACAGCUAAGAAACAGUUAGGGAAAACGAAACGUGCAACUGAAGUUUUGUCAGUUUUGCUGCAGUUUAUAUAGUAGUCGAUAGAACAUGUCUGGAUGUGAACCCGAAAAUGUUCGUUUAUCAUCAACAUCGACAUCGCCACCACCAUCGCCCGGAACAAUGGAUGCCAUUCAGCACAUUAUCUGGCAAGGUGACUGGCAAGGUGGAUUGCACGAUAGGUUAAAAGGUUGCCUCGUGGGGAGUGUUGUUGCCAGCAGCUUUGGUCGUCUGUUCAAUACACCCUUCUACAGAAGCCAUUUACCAACCUUGAGAGAAGUUCAUGAGCGGUGUGCUGAUGUGGCCAAGGAUCCUUGUUAUGUGCGUUGUGGGUUUAGUGGAACAGUUGCUCUGGUGGUUCUCGAAGUAACUGUAGGUUGCUAU